AUGGCGAGCCCUUCGCCACAGUCCUCGCCUAUGCCACCACCGCAAGCGCCAAGCCCCAUGGGCCCACCGCAACAGGCGCCGUCCCCGUCUAAUGCGCAGGGCAGCCCAAUGGGACCGCCGCAGCAUCAUCCUCACAGUCCGACACAAGGUUAUCAAGGUGGUCCACCAAUACCACCAGGUGGACCACCUAUGUCGCAACCACCACAACAACCACCACCUCAACAACAGAGCUAUUCACCUCAUCCACAGCAGAUGCCACCCAAUAUGGGUCCACAGAACCAAGGUCCAGGCGGCCCAGUUGUACAAGUACCCACUUCCCAAGGCCCCGGAGGACCAAUGGUACCUGGACAAAUGGGUCCGAAUGGACCACAAAGUGGCUCUCAUAUGAUGCAAAGUGGUCCGAAUCAGAUGGGUUCUAAUGGACCCGGUCAGAUGGGUCCUGGCGGACCAGGACAAAUGGGUCCUGGUGGACCUGGUCAAAUGGGUCCUGGAGGACCUGGGCAGAUGGGACCAGGAGGCCCAGGACAAAUGGGUCCAGGAGGCCCUGGACAAAUGGCUCCAUCUCACAUGGUACAAGGUGGAGGUCCUCCUGGCGGGCCUCAUAUGGGUCAGGGUGGACCAGGACAGAUGGGUUCGACUACCGGACCCGUUCCGGGACCUCAGAUGGGUACUGGAGGUCCUCAAAAUUCUCAAAUGGUUCCCGGAGGACCCGGACCCGGACAUAUGGGUGGACCUCCAAGUCAUAUGAAUGCAAGCGGCCCACCAGGACCAGGUCACUUAACACCUGGUGGUCCCCCCGGACCAGGACAUAUGGGUAGUGCAGGACCACCAGUAUCAGGACACAUGAACGCCAGCGGACCUCCUGGAUCUGGACAUAUGAAUGCGAGUGGUCCUCCUGGAUCAGGCCAUAUGAACACUGGUGGACCUCCUGGUUCAGGCGGUCAUAUGAACAGCGGCCCGCCGAUUCCAAGUCACAUGAACGCAAGUGGUCCUCCAGUAUCUACACACAUAAACGCGAGUGGUCCAGGAAGUCAUAUGGGUCCUGGUGCUCCUAGUCAGAUGUCUGCAAGUGGUCCUACAGUACACAAUAUGGGUCCAGGAGGUCCGAAUCAAAUGGGUCCAGGUGGUCCAAAUCAGAUGAUGGCGAAUAGUCAAACGCAAAUGGGACCUGGCGGACCGAUGGGCCCUGUUGGACCAAGCCAAAUUGGACCGAAUGGACCUGGACAAAUGGGACAUAAUGGGCCAUCACAGAUGGGUCCAAAUGGACCUACACAAAUGGGCAUGGGUGGCCCACCCGGACAAAUGAAUAUGAAUGCACCGAGUGGACAAAUGGGACCCGGCGGACCUGGUAAUCAAAUGGGACCUGCAGGUGCAGGUAACCAGAUGGGACCAAAUACACCAGGCAGUCAAAUGGGACCUGCUGGUCCAGGUGGACAAAUGGGACCAGGAAGUGGUCCUGUAAGCCAAUUAGGACCGAAUACUCUUGGCCAAAUGGGUCCUGGAAGUGGUCCAGGAAAUGUUCCAAUGACAACAAGUAGUGGACCUAUAGGGCCUAAUGGACCCACCGGAAUUGGUAUAGUCAGUGGACCUGGUGGGCAAAUGACUUCUAGCAGCGGUCCCGGAGGACAAAUGGGUACAGCAGGUCCUGGAGGCGGCUCUGGAGGACAAAUGGGUCCAGGAAACGGCCCUGGAGUGCAAAUGAAUGCUGGUAGCGGACCUGGCGGUCAACUGGUGCCCGGAGGCGUACCUGGACAAAUGGGACAUGGUGGUAGUGGACCCGGAGGCCAAAUGGGACCGGGAAGCGGACCUGGUGGACAGAUGGGACCAGGCAGUGGUCCUACUGGUCAAAUGGGACCAGGACAGAUUCCAUCUAGUGGUCCAGGACAGAUGAUGCAAGGAGGUCCGGGUGCUCAAAUGGGCCCGAAUGCUCCAAGCAAUCAAAUGGGACCUGGCGGUCCGAAUAGUCAAAUGGGACCGUGUGGUCCAAAUAAUCAAAUUAGUCAUACAAACGCGAGUGGACAAAUGGGACCUAAUGGACCGAAUGUUCAACCUCCUCCUACUACUCAGAUAGGUCCCGGCAGUCAAAAUCAAGGUCAAGUACUUGGUAGCACAACACCAUUAGGAUCGGGUGCUCCAGUAAAUCAAAUGAGUCAAACUGGAAGUGGACAAAUUGGACCUACUGGACCUACAGGGCCACCUGGAUCGGGACAAGAGAAUCUGAAUGCACUUCAAAAAGCGAUUGACUCUAUGGAAGAGAAAGGUCUGCAAGAAGAUCCACGAUAUUCUCAAUUAUUAGCCUUAAGAGCUCGUCAAGGCAGUGGCAUGGGCGACAAGCAAGCCUUCAAUACACAACAAUUACAACAAUUACGUGCUCAGAUAAUGGCAUACAGAUUGCUAGCAAGAAACCAACCUGUACCUCAACAAGUUGCACUAGCUGCUCAGGGUGGCGCGACUCCUCCUCCGGGGAUGGGUGGUCAACGCCCCAUAGAUCCGUCUCAAGGCCCUGUUACAACAGCUGGGCCACAAAUACCAGGUCCGAAUGUUAUUGGUCCCGCAGGUGCUCCUAGACCGAGUUGUCAAACGCCGCAACAACAGCAACAACAACCUCAGUCUGGCGCUAAGGCUAACAGAGUGACUAGUGUAGCAAAACCCGUUGGAUUAGAUCCGUUAUUAAUAUUGCAAGAACGCGAAAACAGAGUUGCAGCCCGAAUAUCGCUUAGAAUGGAGCAACUUAGUAAUCUACCGACAAACAUGCCAGAAGAUCUUCGAAUACAAGCCCAGAUUGAAUUGCGAAUGCUAAGAGUAUUAAACUUCCAGAGACAAUUAAGAUCAGAGAUUAUAGCGUGUACGCGGAAAGAUACCACUUUAGAAACUGCAGUGAACGUAAAAGCUUAUAAACGUACAAAACGGCAAGGAUUGCGUGAAGCUAGAGCUACCGAAAAAUUAGAAAAGCAACAGAAAUUAGAAGCGGAACGUAAACGAAGACAGAAACAUCAAGAAUUUCUUAGUUCUGUUUUACAACAUGGCAAGGACUUCAAAGAAUUUCAUCGUAAUAAUGUCGCAAAGUUGGCUAGACUUAACAAAGCUGUGCUCAACUAUCACGCAAAUGCUGAACGGGAGCAGAAGAAAGAACAAGAACGCAUUGAGAAAGAGCGUAUGCGUCGUCUUAUGGCGGAAGACGAAGAGGGAUACAGAAAAUUAAUUGAUCAAAAGAAGGAUAAGCGUUUAGCAUUCUUGUUAUCCCAAACCGAUGAGUAUAUUAGUAAUCUUACCGAAAUGGUUAAGCAACAUAAAAUAGAGCAAAAGAGAAAGCAAGUCGAAGAACAAAAGCGUAAGAAGAAAAAGAAGAAAUUACAAGAUGGAGAAAAUACUGAAGAUGGAAUUAAUGAUGAUGCACGUAUUGGUGUAAUAGAAACAGCUACUGGUCGCACAUUGACUGGCGACGAAGCACCACUUAUGAGUCAAUUGUCAGCCUUUUUAGAAGCUCAUCCUGGAUGGGAACCAGUUGAAUCAGACAGCGAAGACGAUGACGACGAUGACGAAGAAGAAGAGAGCGAAGAUAAAUCCGACAGCAAAGAUAAAAUGGGUGAUUCUGAGGAAGAAAAAGUAAAGAAAACGAUACAUAAAGCGAAAGUGGAAGACGACGAAUAUAAAACAGAAGAACAAACGUACUAUAGUAUUGCUCAUACGGUUCACGAGGUUGUUACUGAACAAGCAAGUAUUAUGGUGAAUGGAAAAUUGAAAGAAUAUCAAAUUAAGGGUCUGGAAUGGUUAGUGUCAUUGUUUAAUAAUAAUCUGAAUGGUAUUCUGGCAGACGAGAUGGGUCUUGGUAAAACAAUUCAGACAAUUGCUCUAGUAACAUAUCUCAUGGAAAAGAAGAAGGUCAACGGUCCAUUUCUCAUUAUUGUUCCAUUAUCAACAUUAUCAAAUUGGGUUCUUGAAUUUGAAAAAUGGGCACCAAGUGUUGUUGUAGUAUCAUACAAGGGUUCUCCAGCUGGCAGAAGAGCAAUACAAUCUCAGAUGCGAGCUACAAAAUUCAACGUUCUUUUAACAACGUAUGAAUAUGUCAUAAAAGACAAGGGUGUAUUAGCCAAAUUGCAGUGGAAAUAUAUGAUUAUUGAUGAGGGACAUAGGAUGAAAAAUCAUCACUGUAAACUUACCCAAGUGCUAAACACACAUUAUUUGGCUCCGCAUCGACUAUUAUUAACUGGUACACCAUUGCAAAAUAAAUUGCCAGAACUGUGGGCUCUUUUGAAUUUUUUGCUGCCUUCAAUCUUUAAAUCCUGCAGUACAUUCGAACAAUGGUUUAAUGCUCCUUUCGCGACUACCGGCGAGAAGGUGGAGCUAAAUGAAGAAGAAACUAUUUUGAUUAUUCGUCGUUUGCACAAAGUAUUGCGGCCUUUCCUAUUGAGACGUUUAAAGAAAGAGGUAGAAUCGCAGUUACCUGAUAAGGUAGAAUAUAUUAUCAAAUGCGAUAUGUCUGGCCUACAAAAAGUUCUUUACAAGCAUAUGCAAAGUAAAGGUGUACUACUAACCGAUGGAUCGGAAAAGGGAAAGCAAGGAAAAGGCGGUGCCAAAGCUCUUAUGAAUACAAUCGUACAACUGAGAAAACUAUGCAAUCAUCCAUUUAUGUUCCAAGCUAUAGAAGAAAAAUACUGCGAACACGUAGGCACGCAAGGAUCUGGUGUUAUUACUGGCCCUGAUCUAUAUCGCGCGUCUGGAAAAUUCGAACUUCUCGAUCGUAUUCUUCCCAAAUUGAAGGCUACGAAUCAUAGAGUAUUGCUGUUUUGUCAAAUGACUCAAUUAAUGACAAUUAUGGAAGAUUAUUUAAGUUGGCGAGGAUUUAUGUAUUUACGAUUGGAUGGUACAACGAAAGCCGAAGACAGGGGAGAUCUAUUAAAGAAAUUUAAUGAUCCCGGUUCGGAAUAUUUCUUAUUUUUGUUAUCCACACGUGCUGGUGGUCUUGGUUUAAAUCUUCAAGCUGCUGAUACAGUUAUCAUCUUUGAUUCCGAUUGGAAUCCUCAUCAGGAUCUGCAAGCUCAAGACAGAGCACACAGAAUUGGGCAGAAGAACGAAGUGCGUGUACUCCGAUUAAUGACUGUUAAUUCUGUAGAAGAACGAAUAUUAGCAGCAGCAAGAUAUAAAUUAAAUAUGGACGAAAAAGUUAUUCAAGCUGGUAUGUUCGAUCAGAAGUCCACUGGCUCUGAGCGACAGCAGUUUCUUCAGAGUAUUUUACAUCAAGAUGAUGCUGAAGAUGAAGAAGAGAACGAAGUGCCCGACGAUGAAACUGUAAAUCAAAUGAUCGCUAGGUCGGAAGGUGAAUUCGAAACAUUUCAGAAAUUAGAUUUGGAACGGCGACGUGAGGAGGCAAAAUUGGGUCCAAAUCGCAAAUCGCGAUUGCUAGAGGAAGCCGAGUUACCCGACUGGCUUGUAAAGGAUGACGACGAAGUGGAAAGAUGGACUUACGAAGAGGACGAAGAUAGAUUCCUUGGAAGAGGUUCAAGACAACGUAAAGAGGUUGAUUAUACAGAUAGUUUAACUGAGAAAGAAUGGUUGAAAGCGAUUGAUGAUGAUGGCGCCGAGUAUGAAGAGGAGGAAGAAGAUGAUAAGAAAAAGAAAAAAACUCGGAAACGAAAGAAAAAAGGCGAGGAAGACGACGAGCCUAUGCCGAAGAAGCGGAGAGGUGCUGGGUCUUUAGUCGAUCCUAAAAUGAAACGGGCUAUGAAGAAAUUAAUUACAUUAGUUGUUAAUUAUACUGACAGUACUGAUGGCCGAUUAUUGAGUGAACCUUUUAUGAAAUUACCUUCGCGAAGAGAAUUACCAGAUUAUUAUGAAAUUAUUAAAAAACCUUUGACUAUUAAUAAACUAUCGCAAAAAAUAGAAGAAGGCAAAUAUGCUGAUUUAGACGAGCUUGAGAAAGAUUUUAUGCAACUUUGUAAGAACGCUCAAAUUUAUAACGAAGAAGCAUCCCUAAUUCACGAAGACUCGAUAGUAUUGCAAUCCGUCUUUACAAAUGCGCGUCAGCGUCUUGAAGAGGAAGGUAACAAUUCCGAUGGAGAUGAUAAAGAUGGUGAAGAUGGUUCAGACGCAGAUUCUAGUGUAAGAAUGAAAAUUAAACUAAAAGGAAGAAAAGGUGAGGGAAGAGGUGGUCGUAGAAAGAGAGUUACUAAAAAAUAUAUAUCCGAUGAUGACGACGAUGCUGAUGAUAAUUAAGAAGUGAUGCUUCUUGAAAGAUAAGGAUAAUUAAUUUAAGUAUUUAAUCGAAUUAUCUUAAUCAUGUCAUAAUAUCUGAAAUAUAGAUCUUAUAAAAGUACAAUUCCCCAAAGAAGUGUUUUUGACCAUCUUUGAAAAUUCGUAGUUAGUAAACCCGAUAUGCUACAGAUUUCGAGAAGAGCUCAAAGCUUGAAAAUUGUACUUUUACAUAAAAAUAUUGAAUCUUGUGAAAGUACAAGAAUUGUAUGUAACUUUAUUAUAGCUGUGAAGUACUGCUGUACCACUACAAACUUUUAAUAUUAAUUUUUAUAAUUAGUAAAUUCAUAUAUUGAAUGAUAAAUAUUGAAUAGUAUGUAUUAUUGUAAAUUAUAUAUAUCGUGUGUGUGUGUGUGUGUGUGUGUAUGUGUGUGUAUAUAUAUACAUAUACAUACAUAUAUGUAUGUAUGUAUAUAGGUAUAUAUAAUGACAUAAAAACAAAUGUGUUGUAAUGUUUACUUCGAGUAAAUUUACAAGUAGCAAAUAGCUACAGCAUAUUGUACAGAAAAAAAGAUAAGCAUUAGAGAUUUAUUUUAAAUGCUGUUUUAAUCUCUCUAUUUGAUGAAGUCUGAUUGAAUGUUAUAUUUAAAUUCCAUUCGCUGGGUUUUAUUUCGAGUUCGCGUUCUAUAUCUCACUAUAGGGAAGUAAUAUAGAUAUUUGAAUGCGUUACUCAAUGUCUCGCCGCAGUAUAGUGUAUGUUAGAUUUCUGUAAGCGAUCGCAGAUGUACGCAGUAUAUAUAAGAAAAGAAAUUUUUAGUUUGUUAAAAUGAUAUAUAAUCCUUUUGCAAACAUUUUGCAACACAGGUGGUUGUAGGUAUAUUGAGGAUAUUAUUAAAUUACAUAAACAAAAAAAUUUUUAUCGACUAAAUUUAAUUAGAGUAGAUACUUAUAUGUUUUUUUCAUGUGCUAAAUCCAAAUCCAAAAACUAUAAAAAGACAUCUAGUCUAAUUAGUUAUUAAAUUAUAGUUUUUGUCAGCUUGUUGGCUAAUACUCUCUUCAACAACAAAAAAAUAAGAUUUUUUCCAAACAUUAGAAUGAUAGCCAUUUCCUAUAAAUUUUUGCAUAUUGAGUAUGAAUUCAGUGUCUAAUUGUUUCAUGACGCCACAUUUUUGAGAAAUUUUUAAUUAAUUUUGCAAAAAAGGCUAUUUUUACUUUGCCAUAUUGUAAUUACAAUAUGUGCUAGAAAAGUUAUAAUCAAAAUUAAGUUAGAACUUUUAACCUUCAAAAAGAAUUUUUUAUGGGUUAAAUAAUCUAAUAAUAUACUUAUUUUUGAUUGCAAUAAAACUUUUCUAACACGUUACAUAUCGUAGUUAUGAUAUGACAAAGUACUCUUUACAUUGAAAUCAUUCCAUUAAUUAUUGAAUGACAGUGAUUAUAGCCUGUUUUCAGUGCUAUAUUUAUAACUAUAUUAAUUUGAAUAAUUACUGAUGAUUACAGCACAGUACAUACACAAAUCAGUAAGAUUUCACAAAUUCAAAUUUAGAGAGUACGUGAAAAUAACUUUUUUUGCAACUUUAAUCACAAUUGUAACGUGAUUAGCGUAAAAAAAAACCGACUAAAUCCAUUUUAGUGUUAUUUUUUUGUUGAAUUAUAUAAUUUAUCACUAUUGACACACACAGUUAUCAAAUCAAUUUACAUUAAUCAAUCUUAAUUUUGAAAGCUUUCUUUUACACACAGAUGCAAUGUUUAUUACACAUUAUAUAAUUCGAUCACAUAAAUAUGAUAGUAUGUAGGAUAUCAUUUAUAUAUCAUGACGAUUACUCUUUCUCAAUAGUUAACGAAAAGGAAGAUUAUAAACAGAAAUUGAAUUUUUAAUAUGUCAAUAAUUUUUAAUAUUUAGACUUGAUAAAUUUUAAAAUAUUUAAGUCACAUUUUGUUUCAUUAUAGAAUUUAGUUUUACAAUAAUUUCAUCAUGGAAUUUUCAAUAUUAGGUAUUUCCAAUCAUGUAGCUGUCUUUAUAAUAAAUUUAUUUUUAUGUACAUCAUAUCAUAUAUGUAUAUUACUUGAUUAAUUAUUAGUGCUAUCGACAGGUUUCACUGCAGGUAACUUAAUCUGUUAAUAAUUCUUUUUUUAUGUAAUUUUUUGAUAUUCUAUUUCUCAAAUUGUCUAUUUCUUUAUGGCACCAUAUAAGAACUAUUGUCAAUCUUAGAAAAAUAAGUCGAGGAUUGUGGUAAUCAAUGCAGCGAAUAUUCUGUAUAUAAUUACCAUGUGAUAAUGAUUUUAAUCCUUUAGCUGUGGAUGAGCUAAACACGGAACUGUACCACUGUACGUGUAGUUUCAGUGAAAAUGCAACUUAAAAAAGAGAAGUAGAGAGAAGAGGGUUUUUUACUAUUUUGUUUUUAUCAUUAAAGACACGGUAAUGUCUUGCACUGAAUAAACAUGUAUUUAUGAAUAACGAUAAAAAAGUAUUAAAAUAUAGACUAGAGUCACUAUGGCUUUUCAUGCUAAAUAAUUGUUUAGAUGGAAGCCACUAUAGUGAUGCGUAGUAGCUAAAGGGUUAAAUAUAAUAAAUAUCAUAAUGAUGAAUGUAUUAUAUGAUAGAAUAUGAUAUAUUUAUCAUGAUAUAUUUAUACUAGAAUUGCAAGUUUUUGAUUUUUUUAUAUACCGAAUUAAGAUAAACUAUUGUAUUCAUGACGAAUCUAUCCUAAUUUCUUUAAGAUUUAUAGUGACGACGGUAAAUAUAAUUCUAUGUGCGCAAAUGUGUAACAUACAAUAUUGAAAAGCAUUCAGAAAAUAAUGUACCGAAUCAGCUGCGAUAGAUAUAAGUAGAUAAUACAUGAAUAAAAAAGAGAAAGAUCUCUAUGAAAAGUG